GGAUACAGGGUAGUCGAGAGUUGGAGACUAGUGUGUAGACAGUGUCUGUUGUAUACGUACAUAUUUUGUGGAACGUUUGUAAUAUUUUGCAUCGCAUUUGCACAGCACAGUCUUGCUCCUGCAGUCACCAGUGAAGCAGUGUCACAGUACACAAUACGAAUCUCUAAUUACGAUAUGCGACGAGUGUUUUCGACGUUUGUCGUCGUCUCGGUGGCUGUCAUUUCAGUGACGUUUGGCGAUCUACUGCAAUGCAAAGACCCGAAUGGACAACCAAUCGACUGGUUCACGGCUAUCAAGCUACCUAACCUCGAGUCGAACUUGUCCGACGGGACGAUUUACAUCUAUAUGGACGCCAAGAACCCGGAGUGGACUUACUUGACCGGGAUCACCACUGAGAAAUCGGCUGUCGGACACACAGUGAGGCAGAUGUACGCGCCCACCCAAGCAUACAACGAAUCGAUAAUGUGGGCCGUGUACAACGAUGAACCGACAAACGGUCCAGUGACGUUCUCGUUGGGCCAUUCCAAAGGAAUGGUAGUGGCCAACAACUGUUCGGGCUUAUGGCUGGUGCACAGCGUGCCCAAAUUUCCGCAGUUACCUUACCAGAACAACAACUCGUACACGUACCCCAAGACUGGAGUGCUAUACGGCCAAAGUUUUCUGUGCAUGUCCAUGACACCUGAGGAACUGGACAAGGUAGGCGAUCAGAUAAUCAACAACGAGGUGCAGGUGUACGGCAGUCACUUUGGAGGCGAUAUGAAAUCGACGUAUCCGGGUCUCUACAACGCCACUCUGCUGCAUGAUAUUCCCGGGGUGAAAAACGAUGGAGUGAGGUUACAGCCUCUUUACUCUAUUGAGGGCUUUGAGUUCUUGUCCAUUUCAAAGAACAGGCACUUUGGAAAAGAUUUAUAUGAAGACUUAAUCACACACUUGACACAGUCAAAUGUAUACACAGAGACUUGGUUAAAUUCGAAGGAUAGGUUGAAUUCGUCAUGUUCUAGCAAGUACAAGACCAUGAACAUAAAGUCGUUGGCCAUGAAGAACAUAAAGGGGUUGGAAAACGUACGGUACAAGUCGUCAAAAGACCAUUCCAAAUGGGUUGUAACUGGAAAAAGUUCGGUACAUUGGACUUGCGUUGGCGACAUCAAUCGAGCUGAAAAACAGACAAAACGUGGAGGUGGAACAGUAUGCAUAAAAUCAUUGCCAGUAUGGAAUCAAUAUAAACAACUAGUGUCAGAUAUUCAAAAGUGUAAAAUUUAGUACUAUAAUUAUUAAUUAUGUGUCUCUUGCUAGAGUACCUAUCAUUAUUAUUGUUUAAUAUUUAAGUGCCAUAUAUUUAAUUUUAAGAACUCGUUUAAAGAAUAUUCGCUAAACACAGAUAAAUAUUUUGACUUAUAAUUUAUGACAUGAUGAGUUUUACCUAUAA